AUGGAUGUUCACUCGCCAUCUCGUCCCCGGACACAGAGCGGUGGUGGUUUGCUACGAUCAACCUCAUCUCUUUCAUUCUACUCCCCGGACCGUCAGAAUAAGCGGCAUUCGAUUUCGUCUGCAUCGUCCAACGAUUCCCAUAAUCGAUCAGUAGAAGACCUUGGCGAAGAGGAUCCAGUACAUCAGAGGGAACGAAAUUGGAAUGCUCCUCGUCCUCGAUGGUCGCAUGGUCGAACUUUAAGUCUGACCUCCCGUCGGUCACUCUCUCCCUUACCCCCAGAUGGGGGCACCCCUCCUGGAUCACCAACGACUCGACAGAAGGACCCGUUAUCAGGGCGCCCUCAUACUCCGACUCCGGUCGGGGAUCCUCCCAUCGCCUCCUUACGUUUACCGCUGGCGGCUCAUUCACGAGGGUCCGACCAGCCCAUUUCUCCAUCACCCGGCAUCCGCAAAGGCGCAUCUAUAACAACUUCGUCUCCCUCCCGAUCUACAGCACGCAACAGGGAGACUCAGGUUGCAUCUACUUCCCAGGGGAACACUGGUCGUAGCUCUCCUCUACCUCAGCGUCCAUCUUCGCGGCCUCAUGCAGGCCGUGUAGGAUCACCUACUCCUUCGAAUCCAAGGCCAUCGACUAGAGCUCCUGGGCAGUCCAGCCGAAUACCUACUAGGACAUCCAAACAAAGUGUUCCUGCUUCCCCUGCUCCUGCAGUGUCGCGCCGAUCUCCUAGUCCAGAAAGACUUGUAGCACAGGCAUUGGGCGAGUCUUCGACACUCCACAUUGCCGCGUCUAACCACUCCCCUGGUUUGUAUUUAAAUCAUAUUGAUGCCCAAAUUGUACUGAUCCCUUUUGCGGCAACAGAGUCUUCGGCGUCCCACGAAGCUACACCCUCUAUGCGAAACCUUACUCUCCCUGACGAGGCCACAGUGAAGAACUCUUUGUCUGGCCCCACAACUAUACAGGAAUUAUCUCCCCCUCCUACUCCCUCUUCGGAAGAGCCAAAUGCAGAACCUCUUCAGGCGUCCGUCUUGUCAACUCCACCUCGUCGUUCGUCUUUCAGUGCCUCUCGCAUUGAAUUCCAGACGCCAUCCCCACCGAAAGGAUUACCUGACCUUCCUGGUCCGCCUCCAUCCUCCGAGGACGACACGGGCACUGCUGAAACAUACCCACGCCUACAGUCUCAAAGCGGGCCAAACCUUUCGAUGAUGAAAACACCAAAGCCCCCUGGAGGAUGGGCCGAUACACCUGGACCUCAAAGACCCACCCUCUUGCAACGGACAGCGUCUUUAGAGCAGCAUUUACCUGCUCAAGAAGGGUCUGGGUUGGUUACUCCCGGGCCAUCGCUAUCGAGGGCUUCGACUAUGCCGCUCCAAACCCCUGCUCCACCUGGAGGAUGGAUGGCUACGCCUGCGCCGCGGAAGAGCAUCCUAAAAGUCCGUUUCGACCCACAGCCCAAUACACUUACUGCGAGCUCCCAAGAGGAUACAUCCGUCCCGGAAUCCCAGAACGGCCAUCCUGUGAGAUCACCCCCCACCCCUCCAGCUGAGGCCGAUGAACAAGUUGCGAAGUCGAAAGGUCAUUCAGACAUCACUCACCAGAGUCCUGACUCUUCGAAGGGUUUGAAGAGGUUACCCAGCAUUCGUAUGCUCGAUGCCUAUGGUCGAGAAACGAAACCAGAACCUGAGGCCAAUAUAAGUUCAAUCAAAAUUCUAGAUGCCAUGGGUCGCGAGAUUGAAGACCAGGGCGAACUCAGUGUCAUGUCAACAGACGACAGUACAAUACUCGACCAUAACGAAGCCCUCACUCGCGUCCGAUUGGGGCUGAAUGACCUUGCUCAUGACAUGAGUGAUAUUGAUAGGUCCCAUGAUCAAAUUGCCCUGGAUCAGACGCGUCUCAAAGAGCUUGAUACAAUGUCGCAAGCAGCGAGAGAAACUAGAGAGAAACUUUCCCAGACGUUACGGAUGGCUCGCAAUAGUCAGGAAGAGCUUCGGAAUAAGAUUGCACCUCUCAGAGCUAGCAUGCGCCGCAGUCAACUAUUCACAUACGAUGUGAGCCCUAAUCGGGGUCACUGGAAUGGGUGGUUCUUCUGGACGAUGCUGUUUGCUCAAGUUAUAUUGAUUCUAGCGAUGUAUCGUGUGUCUCUUAACCGAGCCAAGGACAUCUUCACGACGACCUAUUAUGAUCCAUUCGAACCUGAUCUCCAUCUAUAUGCCAUCCGACCCGACACUUAUGAUCUAUCAUCAUCUCCACACACAUGGUCUAUAUUAGCCAUCAAGGAUUUUGUUUAUCGCCGUGGACUGAAGUCUGCCUUCGCCGAAUUAUGGAUGAUUUGUUUGGAUGCUUUGGCUACAUGGCAGAAACGCACAUGGGUAUUAUGGGGCGAGGACACCCCAAGCAAGUGGCCACCUAUGUGA